AUGUGCUGGUCUGCAGAGAAAGCGAGGCAGAGCUACAAGGAGCUGAACGAGCUCAAAGGGCUGGCGUCGCCUGACGAGGAUGUCAUGGCCCUGCAUUUGUUGCUGGAGCGAUUUAAAGGAGAUGCAGGUUGGAAUGCAGAGCACAUCCGAUCCCUUCCCAGGAGCUUCGAUAUGCUGCCACAUUGGUCAGAGGCAGAGCUCGGUGAGCUCGAAGAGCCUGAUUUGGCCAACACGGCCAAGCGACUUGCAGCGCAGGUCAGGGCUGACUACUCUGCAGUGGCUCGGGCUGCGGAGAACAUCGGCGAAAACUGGCUGGAGGCACAUGGGAUUGAUUUCGAGUCAUUUUUCUGGGCGAAGUCGGUGCUGUGGAGCCGCUGUGUGGACUUUUCCAGCGAGCUUCUAGCUUCUGCAGGUCUUUCUGUGGUUGGCAAAGAACAUUGUCGUCUGCUGGUCCCUGGCUUCGAUAUGGCCAAUCAUAACCACAGAUUGGUUGGGACUGGCCGCACCCACACCAUCCUGGAGGAUGGCAAUGUGGCACUCGUAGCGUCCGUUGACUAUGAGAAAGGUGAAGAGGUUCGUAUUUUCUAUGAGAAAGCAGAUAACAAUCGCUUGCUCUUGUGGUAUGGGUUUGUUGUGGAGGAGAAUCCCUUUGAUGCCGCCCAUAUCAGGCUACCGGUAGAUCCCAAAGCAGGCCCAAGGUUGGAGAAACUGGGUGCUGUGAUGGAUACUUGGCAUGGGAAGGUUUUGGCACAGUGUCGCAUGACCUUGGCAGAGCCACUGCCAGAGGCGGCGAUUCUGGCUGCAGCUUUCUGCCAAAACUUGAUACCUCCUGAAAGUCAAGAGCCACUUACAGCUCGACAGGAGUUGGAGGCUCUUCGAUUCCUGCAGCGAUGUUUGCCAAAGGCGGAAGAGCCCGGUCCCUUGCCACCUCCCAGCAACUGGCGGAGUUACUGCGCGGCUGUGGUGCGCGGCUUCGGCCCACUCAUACAGCUGGCCUUCCAUCGCAUGGUGGAGGCGAAGAUGAUUUCUGCACUGGCUGCAGCAAAAUGA